AUGUCCGGCUUGGCUCGAGCUCCCAACCGACAACCAGCGCCGCCGCCGCCGCCCACCGGAGGCGGUAACGGGCAGAUCGUGCCGCCGAUGAGGCGACACCUGGUGUUUGAGUCGAAUAAGCCGCCGUUCUUUCCUCCGGCGGAUUAUCAUCAAUUCUCCGGUGGAGGUCAGAGGGCUGCGGACCAGGAACCGGAGGCUAUUGUGGUUCGAUCUCCGCAAUUUAAAAGGAAGGGUACAUCGGACAACAAUGAAGCUGAGAACAACGAUCGGACCAGCAGUCCUGGAUAUAAUAACAUUAGUCAAAGUCCCUUUCAAACUCCUGUAUCUACCACAAAAGCAGGAAAGACAAACAAUAGAACAAAGGCUUCAAAGGGCAAAUCUGGGCCUCAGACACCUGCGUCGAAUGCUGGUUCCCCUUGUCCUCUUACUCCAGCUGGCAGCUGUCGUUAUGAUAGUUCUCUAGGUCUAUUGACAAAAAAGUUCAUCACUUUGAUCAAGCAAGCAGAAGAUGGAAUUCUUGAUCUAAAUAAAGCAGCAGAAACUUUGGAGGUCCAGAAGAGGCGUAUAUAUGACAUCACAAAUGUCUUGGAAGGCAUAGGUCUCAUAGAAAAGAAGCUUAAGAACAGAAUACGUUGGAAGGGAUUUGAUGCUUCAAGGCCAGGGGAUCUGGAUGCUGAUCUUGCUAUAUUACAGGGAGAAGUAGAAAAUUUAUCUUUAAAAGAACGCAGCUUAGAUGACCGAAUAAGAGAGAUGGAAGAAAAGUUGAGGGAUUUGAGUGGAGAUGAAAACAACCGAAAGUGGCUUUUUGUGACUGAAGAAGACAUUAAGGGCCUACCGUGCUUCCAGAAUGAAACCCUGAUAGCAAUUAAAGCUCCACAUGGAACCACCUUGGAAGUCCCAGAUCCCGAUGAAGCUGUCGACUAUCCACAACGGAGAUACAGGAUAAUACUUAGAAGCACAAUGGGACCGAUUGACGUGUACCUUGUCAGUCAAUUUGAGGAGAAGUUUGAUGAUGUCAAUGGAGCUGAGCCACCUGUUAGCUUCCCAAUUGCUUCUGUUUGUGGCACUGAUGAGCAAUCAACAGCAGAAAUGGUCGCUGGACAUGACAGAGGAAAGGAAAUUGAACCUAGGGUGCAACAAGCUCAAGUUGAUCAGACGUGCUCUGAUGUAAAUGCUUCUCAGGAGUUUGGUGGGGGAAUGAUGAAGAUUGUUCCUUCUGAUGUUGAUAAUGAUGCAGACUACUGGCUUUUGUCUGGUGUUGAUGUCAGUAUUACAGAUAUGUGGAGAACAGACUCAGCUAUUGAAUGGAAUGGGGAAGACAUGCUUAAUGCUGAUUUUGGACUGCCCGAUGUCAGUACCCCAAGGCCACAAACGCCGCCAUCUGGAAUUGUUGAAGUGCCAUCUCAUGCUGCUAACUAUCCUCAAAGGUGAGUCUGGGUUUGUAUAACCAGCUAUUUGUAGAUAUCUCAUGUAUCUACUGCCCUAUCCGUGGCCUUCUAUUGCUGCAAAGUAUUGCUUGCAGAUGCAAAGUGAUUGCCUAACAAUGAACAUGGGCGAAGCAUGUGGAAGAAGCUGAUUGGAUGGCAAGCUGGGGAGUAUUGUUAUACUGUACAGUCAGUAAUGCAUUUGACCCCCUGUUGUAGGAAUAAGGACUUGAUUUAUGAUACUUUAA